ACCAUGGACUGUUUCCCAUUUCGUUUUCGGUUUGAGUUGGAACACUUGGGACGAAAACCGAAGAAAGUGCAGCUGAACUGUAAUGCCAUACCUUCAGUGCAUGCCGCACCAGAACCAUUGCCAUUGGCAGUUACCCCUAAGUCUAAGAACAGUUCCAAGGAGAAACGGAAGGCAUCUACUAGCAAAUCAGUCACCUCCACAUCAGCAUCACCAACAGUGACAAAUACAACACCAACAGCAACUAAGACUAGAGCAAUGCCAUUCCCACUAGAAAUGUUGUCACCUUCUGAGGAUGCAGUAUGCCAAAGUUCUCCUCCAAAGAAAGUUCGUAGAGGAUAUGCAAAGAGAGAAACUGCAAGGCUUAUAGCUGAACAUGUCCAUAAAACAGCUGGAAAUACUUCAUCUGCAGCAGUAGUUGACAGCAGUUAGGGAGAUGGUGUGGAUGCACAUGUAGUAGAGGAAACAACCGAAUUAUUGUGUGUUGAAGAGGCUACAGAAUUUGUUUUAGAAGAACAUGGUCC